GAACGGGACAUUAAAUGAACAUUACUUGGAUCGUCCCAAAAUCAAGAACUCACGCAGACGAGAAAGAGCAGAAAUGGGAGAAGCAGAAUUUCAAGCAGAGAUCUGGGAAGAAGAUGAAGAAGACGAAGAAGCAGAAAUAAUGCGGCAACUGAGAUCAAAAGCUACGAAGCAUCUACUCGGAGAAGAAUGGACCGAAUGCAUCCAUGUAUAUUCUCAGUUCAUUUCUCUCUGCAAUUCCCAUAUCUCCAGACUCCAUCUAAACCCUAGCUCCGACCGCCUUUCCAAGCUCAGUAAAUCCCUCUGCGUAGCUCUCUGCAAUCGGGCUGAGUCCCACUUCCGCCUCCGCCAAUUCCAAUCCGCCUUGCAAGAUUGCGACGAGGCGUUGAGGAUCGAGAACCCCAAUUUCAAGGCACUGCUCUGUAAAGGUAAGAUCUUUCUCUCCCUUGACAGGUAUACGUUAGCCUUAGGUUGCUUCAGGGAAGCCAAUCUCGGUGUUCAUGAUGCCGAGAACGGCGAAAUCCUCAACGGAUUCCUAGAGAAAUGUAAGAAGCUAGAGGGUUUGUCAAAAACUGGCGGAUUUGAUCUCUCGAAUUGGAUCUUAAAUCUCGAUGGGGUUCCUGAUCUUGCAGAGUAUUUAGGGCCAGUAGAGAUCAAGAAAUCCGAGAUUAGUGGGCGUGGCUUGUUUGCAACCAAGGAUGUCGAGUGUGGGACUUUGUUUCUGGUCACUAGGGCUGUUGCUAUUGAGAGGGGAAUAAUGUCCCAAAACCUUGAAAAAUCCCAACUAGUGAACUGGAAUAAUUUCACUGAUAAAGUUCUUCAGUUAGCCUCAAAAUGUAACCGAAUCCGUGAUCUGUUAAGUACUCUGUCCACAGGUGAGAAUGAACAUUCUCUUGAUGUCCCCGACCUUAACCUAUUCAGACCGGAAACUGGGUAUAGUAGAUUUCCAGGCCAGAAUCUUGAUAUGGAAAGAAUUUUCAGUGUAUUAGAUGUGAACUCAUUAGUUGAACAAACAAUUUCUGCCAAGGUUUUGGGUAAAAAUUAUCACUACCAUGGGAUUGGCCUAUGGCUAUUAACAUCUUUCAUAAAUCAUUCUUGUGAACCAAAUACAAGACGUUUCCACGUGGGUGAACACGUCUUAGUUCAUGCUUCUAGAGACAUAAAGACAGGAGAGGAGCUCACAUUUGCCUACUUUGAUGUACUUUCACCCUUUAGUUCCCGAGAAGUGAAGUCCAAAGGCUGGGGGUUUGUUUGCAAAUGCAAAAGGUGCACAGUAGAGAGUGUUUUGUAUUCGAACCAAGAAUUGCAAGUGAUUGAAGUGUUAUUGAAAAAAGGAUUAGAUAUGGGAGAAUUGGUUUACAGAUUGGAGGAUGGGAUGAGGAGAUGGAUGGUUAGGGGAAGGGUGAGAGGGUAUUUGAGGGCAUCAUUUUGGGGAGCUUAUUCUGAAGUUCUUGAAUCAGAGAAGUUGAGGAAGAAGUGGGGAUGCAAGAUUCCACCAAACGAGACUUUGGUGGAUAGCCUGGUGAGUGCUGUGGGGUGUGACGAGAGGAUUGUGAAGGCAGCAGGGUUUGGAGGACAGAAGAGAAACAUCAAUGGCCAUGGUGGGGGUUGUGAGGUUUUGGAUAUGGAUCGGAGGGCAUUGAAGCUCUGGAGAGGGUUAUAUGGAAAGGUAAUGAAGAAACAAGCAUUGAAGUGUCUUCUGAAGCUUGAUGGCCGUUCGUGAACAAAAGUAAAUCCUUUUAGAUAAUGUAACCAUUGUUUCAGAAUUUCAAUAGGUUUGCUGGCAAAUUCUUUUGCUUGAUUAGGUUAUCUUUUCUCUUACAAUUCUUUGUUUUUGUAUUUCUGCUGAAACACUUUAAUCAUGUGAAUAAAAAUGUUGCAUUCUAUCA